AUGGAGGCUGUACCCUGGACGUUGCCGAAGUUGGACCCAGUCACAGGAGAAGCGAUGGUCGACGAAGACGGUCAGCCGCUGUAUGAAGGCUACUGUAUAGAUCUUAUCGAUAAAAUCGCUGAGAAAAUGGGUUUCGACUAUGAAAUCGUGACUCCGAAAACUGGUGACUUCGGUAAGAGAUUGGCAAACGGCUCCUGGGAUGGUGUCGUUGGUGAUCUUAUGACUGGGGAAACUGAUCUGGCGGUGUCCGCGUUAAUAAUGACAGCUGAGCGAGAAGAGGUGAUCGAUUUUGUUGCUCCAUAUUUUGAACAAACUGGUAUACUCAUAGUGAUACGAAAGCCAAUACGCAAGACAUCCCUCUUCAAGUUCAUGACCGUGCUAAGAACAGAAGUUUGGCUCAGCAUCGUGGGUGCCCUAUUGCUGACUGGCUUCAUGAUAUGGCUGUUGGAGAAGUACUCGCCUUAUUCAGCGCGGAAUAAUCCAGAAGCAUACCCGUACCCUUGCAGGGAGUUUACAUUGAAGGAGAGCUUCUGGUUUGCCUUAACGUCCUUUACCCCCCAAGGGGGAGGGGAAGCGCCGAAAGCCUUGUCCGGUAGGACCCUGGUAGCUGCGUAUUGGCUGUUCGUCGUUCUCAUGCUGGCCACGUUCACAGCAAAUUUAGCUGCGUUCCUAACUGUUGAGAGAAUGCAGACGCCAGUCUCGUCUCUGGAACAGCUGGCUCGUCAAUCGAGAAUCAACUAUACCGUGGUGGAAGGUUCAACGGUCCACCAGUACUUCAUCAACAUGAAAUUAGCUGAGGAUACACUAUACCGGGUAUGGAAGGAAAUCACCCUGAACGCCACUUCGGACCAGGCACAAUACCGUGUGUGGGACUAUCCUAUACGGGAACAAUACGGGCAUAUACUUCUAGCUAUUAACGCGUCAGGUACAGUGCCCGAUGCUAAAACCGGGUUUCAACAAGUGAACGAACACUCGGAAGCCGAUUUUGCGUUUAUACACGAUUCGGCGGAAGUAAAGUAUGAAGUAACCAGAAAUUGCAACAUAACUGAGGUCGGCGAAGUAUUUGCGGAUCAACCGUACGCCAUAGCGGUACAACAAGGUUCGAGACUGCAAGAAGAUUUGUCCAGGACUCUUUUAAUCUUACAAAAGGAACGAUUCCUCGAACAGCUGACUGCCAAAUACUGGAACGAAACAAUUCGCCAAUCAUGUCCUGAUGCUGACGAGUCCGAGGGUAUUACGCUAGAGAGCUUGGGUGGAGUUUUUAUAGCUACCCUCUUCGGACUUGGCUUAGCAAUGGUGACCUUAGCUUGGGAGGUGUUCUACUACAAACGGAAGGAGAAAAAUAAAGUUGAAGUGCUACCAAGGGACAUGGAGAAGGUGGCGUUUGAGAGGAGCCUGCCGAAGAAGAUCAAGGAUAACGUCAAGAAACUGCGCAAGAGAAAGAAUCCUGUUAAGAACGUCACUAUCGGGGACUCUUUCAAACCGGUGUCCUUCAUAGGCGGUUACGCGAAGAACGACUAUUUACCGUAA